ACUCAAAUGUAUUGCCUUAGCAGUGAUGAGGACAAGACACUGGAACUAUCGCCCUUGUCUGAGAAGAUGAACAGAACCCGGAACAUAAAAGAGACGCAGGAAGAAGAAUUCGAACAACAAAGAGUCGAAGUGGACAAAUAUUGGAAAACGACGGAACUUCCAGAAACACCUACAAAAAUUGUGGAGGCUUUCAAGGCAAUGGUUGGGAGUUGUAUUAUUCACGGUUCUACCAAAAAAUUGCUGAGUAUCGAUGUGCUGAAAAAUAAGAAUGUUUUAUUGUUCAUUUCGGACGUCAUGGACAUCUCCGUUGAAGAAAUCUCGAUUUUAAAGCCCAUUUUUUGUGGGAUAAGAGAUAAGGAUGAACCGUAUAAAAUUGUAUGGAUCCCAAUAGUGGAGCAUUGGACCGAUGACAUGCAAGCGAAGUUCGACAUGUUGCAGUCCAAAAUGCCGUGGUACAUAUUACAGGGUUUUCCACCGACAGUAGCAGACAUCCAGAUCAUGAAGAAUGAAUAUUGCAGCUUAAAGAAUAAGCCUAUCGUCGUGGUGAUAAACCCACAAGGGGAGGUGGUGCAUCCAAAUGCUCUCCGCAUGAUUCGGCUAUUCGGAAUGAAGGCCUUCCCUUUCACGGCGGAAGCUGAAAAAGCGAUAAUGCCUGAAGGAUUGCGUCUUCAAUUGAAGGGGUACAACAGCAUGGGUAUCAGUGGCCCGAGGCAGGUUGACAGGAAUUACACUUUCAACUAUGGAUUUUCCGUCUCCAGCAGCUUAAGGGAAAGAUUUACUACUGAGUUCAAUAAAGUUCGUGAUUAUAUAAAUUCAAAUGGGUUGAACAUUGUGAUAGAGGAUAAAUUUAUUGAACAAAAACUAGUGAAUGCGAAGCAACUGGAUCCCAAUGAAUUGUUACGUUCCUUCAAAAGUAACAGUGGAUGGGUUGUGCUCUGCAAAGGUACUCGUGGCGACAUAGUAGUCGGUGAUGAUGGGACAACAAUUUUGAAGGUCUUGGAAAAUUUUGAUUAUUGGAAAAAUUCUGUGAAUGAGUAUGGCUUCGAUGAAUGUUUCAAGGAUUGCUACGAAAAGCUUAAAGCUGGGCGCCUACCAGGAAAUGGACAUCUCAAUCGUUAAUUAUGUUGGAAAGAUCCUGAUCUAGUGUAUGAUGUUUUUUUCGUUUGCAUGCAGUUGUUAUUGUAACCAUUCCGCCACUUAUGUUAGGAAGAUUGAUAUGCAAUUAUAUGCAUCACAUCUUGACUACGUUGGUAAUAAGCAGUGGCCAAUGUUAUGGAAUGGAUCCAUGUAGUUUUUUAAUGUUCUUGUA